AUGGUGUUCCAGAGGAGCGUUUCCUUGCUGUCCAAGCUACGGUCGCGCUCUGCACAGCAACCAGGCCUCUUCAGUUCCGUCCGCUGGCUCCAGUCCUUGUCUGGCGUAGAUCUUCAUUCUCAGCUGAAGGAACUGAUACCAGAGCAACAGGAGCGCCUAAAGAAGCUUAAGUCAGAACAUGGAAAGGUUCAGCUUGGGAACAUAACUCUUGACAUGGUACUUGGUGGGAUGAGAGGUAUGACAGGAUUACUGUGGGAGACCUCAUUGCUUGAUCCAGAAGAGGGAAUUCGCUUUCGGGGUCUUUCGAUUCCUGAAUGUCAGAAAUUGUUACCUGCUGCAAAGCCUGGUGGAGAACCAUUGCCUGAGGGUCUCCUCUGGCUUCUUUUAACAGGAAAGGUGCCAACGAAAGAGCAAGUAGAUGCUUUAUCAAAGGAACUACAAAGUCGUGCUACUGUCCCAGGUUCGUAUUGGGAACCAACCUAUGAGGACUCCCUUAGUUUGAUUGCUCAACUUCCGAUUGUUGCUGCUUAUGUCUACCGCAGGAUAUACAAGAAUGGAGAAAUCAUUCCAUCAGAUGUCUCCCUGGAUUAUGGUGGAAAUUUCGCUCACAUGUUAGGAUUUGAUAAUCCUGCUAUGCUGGAACUCAUGAGACUUUAUGUUACCAUACACAGUGAUCAUGAAGGUGGAAAUGUUAGUGCACAUACUGGUCAUCUGGUUGCAAGUGCACUGUCAGAUCCCUAUCUCUCGUUUGCUGCAGCAUUAAAUGGUUUAGCCGGUCCACUUCAUGGAUUGGCCAAUCAGGAAGUCUUGCUAUGGAUUAAAUCUGUGGUGGAAGAUUGUGGGGAGAACGUCAACAAAGAACAUCUGAAAGAGUAUGUCUGGAAGACAUUGAACAGUGGCAAGGUUGUUCCUGGGUUUGGACACGGUGUGCUGCGCAAAACAGAUCCAAGAUACACAUGCCAGAGAGAAUUUGCAUUGAAGCACUUGCCGGAUGAUCCAUUGUUUAAACUGGUUUCGAAUCUUUAUGAAGUUGUGCCUCCUAUACUGUUGGAGCUAGGCAAGGUAAAAAACCCCUGGCCCAAUGUAGAUGCCCACAGUGGAGUGUUGCUCAAUCAUUAUGGUUUAACUGAAGCAAGCGCCAGUAUGGCCUCACUGACUACUUGUACACCUGCGCCGCACUCAAUCGCCGCCCUCCGCCGCCGUCCCUCAGCCGGAGUUCACUCCCAAUCCAGCGCCUUCACAACUCCGGCCACCUUUAAUCGACGACCUCAUCUAAAUUUCAGGUUAAAAAGGGAAGAAAUUGUUGUGCUAGUGAAGAAGAACAGGUUUGGUCUCUGUUUUGCAUCGAAUACGAAUCCUUCACAGGAAUCGAACGACACAAAAACGAGCAGUGAUGCUUCGGGACCUCCUUUCCUCACCAUUUUGGCUGGCGUGUUAGUUUUCUUGUUCGUGCUCGAAGAUCUGUUAAACGGCAGCCAUGGAGAUAACAAUCCCAUCACUCUUUGCAGAUCCCCAAAUGUCUGCGCACACCCAGAAUCCCUCAUUUCAAUUUCGGGCUUCAAAAAGCCCUAA